AUGGGAGGAAUAGCAAGUGUACUUGAUUCAUGUGGUGGCAGCCAAAUAAACACCCCAUCAGACUUCGUAGAGUAUGAAAACCUCAGAGAAUCUCGAAAGCUAAUGGUAACCAAAAAGAAGCACAUGGAUAUUAUGGGGACUGCUUUGAGCUAUGCAGUGGAGGAUAUAAAACACAUCAUAGGAAUGAAAGAUCAUCACAGCGACAAUGAAGAGCAAGCGAAUGAAGAUGAACAUUUUUUGGAUAUGAGCAAAUUAAAGUAAAAAUACAUUAAGAGAAGAGACUCUGAUCAGUCAAUCAGCAGCAAUUACUUGCAAAGACGAGAGGAUCUUUACAAUGACUAUAUAGAGAGAAAGAAAAAAGAAAAAAUGCUCAGAUAAAAAAAGAAAGUAGGCAUGGCUAAUACUAAGCUUAGACCAAGGAAAAUGGAUUAAAAGAUUUCGAACCCAGCAGCUGGCAUCAGUUUGGGCUUUAGAGGUUUUGGCAAAAGUACUAAGCAAACAGCUGGUAACACUAGUAAUAGACUUGUAGUUGACGCAGACAAUUCAAAUGAUGGUUCAGCUUACAUUGACGACGACCUAUCCGAUGGUAGCAGAAUUAUUAAGAUUGGUGGGUAAAGCGAGUACAGCUAGGACCAAUCUUUUUUAUCAAUCAGAUAGUUUGAGUCGUAAGAUGGUGAUUCUCAGAUCUAUAGAAAUGACUCAGAUUCAUCAAUGAACAUGACAGAUAUUAAGAGAAACUAAUCAAAUUGGGAUGCAGGUUCUAUGUAUUCUGACGGCAAUAUAAUUAAUAUGGGCGGAGACGGCGAUACUUCAUUCUAAAGCAACGCAAUGUCUGAAACCACUAUUAAAAAUAUUGGAGGUUAGUAGUCAUUUAGACAAAAGAAUAAAAUGGGGGGUAAAAAAAGAAUUGGUGGAAUGAGAUCUAGAGUUCAAAGUAGCGUUGGUGGUUCAUCACAUGUCAUUGUCGAUGAUUUCCAAAGCUAAGGAUACGGAAUGGAUUCUGAAAUUGACGCUCAAGAUAUGAUAGAUGAGAUGGGAGGAAACUAAAACAUUUUCAUUGAAGGAGAGAGUGAUAUUAUUGAUGAAGCUGAUGAAGACUCUAUUGACAACUUGAGGAGAUCUUCCAAGCGUUUUAAGAGAAAUAAGAGUUUUGGGGAUGAGGAUUAGAUUGAAGGACCAGUUAAUUAACAGGACUUCGUAAUGGGAAUUAUGCAUGAAUUACAGGAAAGUGAGAUAAGAGCAUCUAUAAAGAGAGUUGUACCCCCUAUUCUCGAUCCUUAGCAAUUAGUUUUCAAGGACGUCAAGUAAUAAUCUAUGAGUCCUCAAAAUAAGAAUUCUAUUAAACCAAACCUCAAGAAGCUUGAUUCUAAGACAUAUGUUCCUAAGGGAUAAGAAAUCUUCCAUGAAGAAUCAGGCGAAGAAGAUUCAGAAGAAGACCAAAGUAUGUAACGAGCAUCAAGAAGGCACAUAUCUAUUACAGUGAAAAAUACUGAAACAACACCAAUGAAUCAUUAGAACGAAAAGCAAACUGAAGUUUUCAGCAAUGACGAUGAUUAAAUUUCUGGUGGAUCUAUAAAGAUUGGAGGUAAUAGUUUCAACCUAAAUGAUAACAGUCAAUUCUCUGAUGAUGGAGAUAUAAAAAAUUUUGGUGACAAAUCUGGUAUCUCAUAAAUAGACGAAAAUUUCUAGCAUAAUCUUAGUGCAAUCUCUGAUAACGAUAAUGGCAACAUGCAGUGA